GUUUCUAACGAAUAUUUUGCCUAACAUAUUUCCUCUCACUUUAAUGAUCUGUUAGUAAGAAAUUUAAGAUAGUUACUAUCUUUAUUUAUUUAUAAAACAGUUUGAAAUACAGGUAAAAAGUGAUUUAUUUUUUAUAUUUACAACAUACGGCUUUCAUACGGCUUUAUACAUACUUUCUUCACAGAUAAAUAUCACUAAACUUACAAAACCCGCUCAUGUCUUCAAUUAAGGAAAUACUACCACAACAAGGAGAACUGUAUCAGGAGGAAACUUUAAAUCCAGUCUUAUGCAAAGCUAAGUUGCUACCGUUAAAGUCAAUUACUCUUCAAAAAUUGGAAAAAAUGCAGCGUGAAGCUCAAGAAACGGUCAAGAAAGAAGAAAUGGAGGAGAGAAAGUUGCAAGCUCAAAGCGCUAUAAGAAAUCCAGGGGAAGAUGGAAACUCAGCAGUUUUAAAAUUGUAA